ACCCACCAGUGAAGGCAUGGGCGCGCAUAGAACGAAGUCCAACGACCAGUUUGGUUGUACACUAGUCGCCCCGUUUAAACGCACCGGUGCAUCGAUGCGUUUAAUUUCCACCACUCGCGCCACCGUUAAGUACCCACCAUGUCGUCCACUCUUCCUACGCCGCUUGCACACACACAUAGAAGCCUCCAAACCGAGCCGGCCAUGGCGUCAGCGGCGAGCACGCCGGGCAAGUCUCUCCUCGUCCUCGCCUCCGUUGUCACGGUGCUCCUCGUGCUCAUCUCCGCCGUGGAGUCCUACGACGGCGGCCAUGCUGUCACGCACUCGGCCGUGGCGCGCCGCUCCCGCCUGGGGACCCGGCACGCGUGCCACCGCCGGACCAUGACGCCACACCGUUACGUCCUCGCAGAGAAGAGCAACACCACCGGCGGAUCCAAGAACAACAGCUCGCCGGCGACGUCCAAGGCCACCUCGCCGAUGCCGGCGCCUCUAGCCGAGCCGAGCAAGCACCACCGCAGCCACCACAAGCACCGUGUCCGCAACUGGAUCGUCGGCUUCGUUGUGGGUUCCCUGGCCGUCGUUGUAUCGGGGUUGGUGCUGUUCCGGCUGGGGAUGAACUGCAUCCGCGGGCAGUGCAUGGCGCGGCCACGGAUGACCAUCUUCACCCCGAAGCUGAUCAGGCAUGCGGAUCACCUGGCGUUCCUGGAGGAGGAGGACGGGGUGGCGUCGCUGGAAAUGAUCGGGCGAGGCGGGUGCGGCGAGGUGUUCAGGGCGCAGCUCCCCGUGGAGCGGGAAUGGGAGGAGCCCCGGUUCAUUGCCAUCAAGAAAAUCGAGAAGCACGGCGGCGGCGACGCGCCGAACGAUCUGAGCGGCGUUGAGAGCCGGCAGCUGCGCAGAUGGUCGCGGCAGGUCCAGUCGGAGAUCCGCACGGUGGGGCACAUCCGGCACCGCAACCUGCUGCCGCUGGCGGCGCACGUGCCGCGGCCGGACUGCCACUACCUGGUCUACGAGUACAUGAAGCGCGGCAGCCUGCACGACGCGCUCAAGGCCGGCGGCAUCGCGGGGUUGCCGUGGCCGGCACGGAUCCACGUGGCGCUCGGCAUCGCCACGGGCCUGGAGUACCUGCACUUCUCGCACCGCCCGCAGAUCCUCCACCGCGACCUGAAGCCCGCGAACAUCCUCCUCGACGACGACCUGGAGCCCCGCAUCGCGGACUUUGGCUUGGCCAAGUUAAUGCCGGACGCGCACACGCACGUGACGGCGUCAAACCUCGCCGGCACGUGGGGGUACAUCGCGCCGGAGUACCACCAAACGCUCAGGUUCACGGCCAAGUGCGAUGUGUACAGCUUUGGGGUGAUCCUGGCGGAGCUGGCCACGGGGAAGCCUCCCUCGGACCAGUUCUUCAUUCAGAUGGACGAGGUGGUCGGGCUGGUGAAGUGGCUGCGGCGCGUGAUGAUGGCUGAGGAGCACGAGCAGGCCAUUGACCCAGCCAUCGCCGGCGCCGGGCACGACGAGCAGAUAGUGCUGGCGCUGCGCAUCGCCGUGUUAUGCACCGCUGAUGAUCCGAAGGAGAGGCCAAGCGCCAAGGACGUUCGGUGCAUGCUGUCGCAGAUCAAGAUUAAGGAACUAGUCAAAAUUAGUAGCCCCAAGUCGUCAUAGCUCCUCAGCUUCCCUGCUAGGAUACGGUGUUUGGGUCACGCUCAGAUAACGGGUCGCGGGGGUUUCGGUGGUGGGAUCGUUGAUUGCGUACUUUGUUUGGCUGCACUAUCACUAGAGGUAUUUAGUUCAGGAUAAAAAACUGUAUUUAAAUCUGAACACUAUAGUUCCAACUAGAUAUAUUCAUUCUAUAUUAUAUUGGUGGCAUAAAUAAUGUG